AUGCCGGUGAUGAGCAAACAUUUGAAAGAAUUGAGGGGUGCAGUGGCCAGAGGGGAAGUCGGGCCUGAAGGCUGGACGCCGGGGAAGAAACCAUGGCGAAUCCGGUUCAGGAAUAUCGCUCCGCACUCUCCCGACGCCGAUGUCCCAAAAAUCAUCUUGAAGGCCUUUGCACGAAAUAACGAACCGUUAAAUGAGGAGUGCGAGGCGCUUUUCAGCAAGUGGUUUUGCGAAACGGUCAGCUUUGAGAAGGCACGUGUUUGUGAUUGCUGUGGAGGGUUUCAGAAUUCAGAGCAGGCUGCUCCUCUUCCAGAAGAGCAGCAGUACGAUAAAAACAGGAUUGGGAAAAAGAAGGAGCAGAAGAAGAAGAAUAAAGAGCGGAAGAAGAAGAAGAAGAAGAAAAAGAAAAAGAAGCCAGCGGACAUGAAAAAGGCCAAGGACAGCAAGAAGAAGAAGCAUGAAGAUCAUCGCAAGGGUAGAAGCAAUAACGAUGGGCGGUGA